GGAAGUUGAUCUGGUGCAGCAGCAAGAAGAAGAGAGCGUGGAAACUUUGAGGCAGAGUACUGUAUUGGCACAUAAAGAGAAAGCAGUGGUGCUCCGGUAGAGGCAGGAUGAUGCGACCAGAAGCUCGGCUGUAUGCUGUGACCCGGCCGCUGUACUCAGAAGAGUCAUUCGCUGAGGAACACAAGAAGGUCUACAGGCGCCGCAAAAACAUAUUGGACCACAUUAAACAAUACCUGACAUUUGACACAAAACGAACCAAGAAUGCUGCCCUCUCCCUCCUGCCUGUCAUUGGUUGGAUGAAAAUCUACCAAAUCAAAGAGUGGCUGCUCUCUGAUAUCGUAUCAGGUUGCAGCACCGGACUUGUGGCUGUCCUGCAAGGUCUGGCAUACUGUUUGCUGGCUUCUCUGCCACCUUGGUAUGGACUCUUCUCUGCCUUCUUCCCUGUAAUCAUCUACUUUUUCCUUGGAACCUCGCGGCACAUCUCAGUGGGACCAUUCCCAGUCUUGUGUCUGAUGAUUGGUUCAGUGGUCACUCGGCUCGUCCCAGAUGAUGGGCCACCUGCCAACAUUACAGGGUUUGAAGGCUUGACGAGAGACGAAGCGAGAGUUUUAGUGGCUUCUUCCGUGACCUUCCUCGUUGGUUUAAUGCAGCUGGCCAUGGGGAUGCUACAGGUGGGGUUUGUCGUGUUGUACCUGUCUGACAGCCUGGUCUCUGGAUUCACCACAGCAGCUGCCAUCCAUAUUCUGGUUUCCCAGCUCAAGUUUGUGUUAGGACUGCAAGUUCCAGGCAUUAGUGGCAUUCUUUCCAUUGUAUAUACACUGAAGAUCAUUUUUCAAAAGAUCACCUCCAGCAAUGUGUGUGAUGUGGUGAUCUCCCUGGUCGUCAUGGUUGUGGUGUUCUUUGUUAAAGAGUUAAACGACAGAUUCAAAUCGAAACUACCUGUGCCCAUCCCAAUAGAGGUUAUCAUGACUGUAAUUACAUGUGGAGUUUCAUUUGCAUUCGACUUCAAGACAAUAUAUGGCAUUGAUGUCGUCGGAUAUAUUCCAAGCGGCUAUGAGUCUCCAAUGGCGCCGAACCUGCACAUUUUCCAGGAAACAGCAAUGGAAGCAUUUCCAAUGGCUAUCGUGGGUUUUGCUGUAGCUUUCUCUGUGGCGAAAGUCUAUUCUGUAAAACAUGAUUACACAAUAGAUGGAAACCAGGAGCUGAUAGCCUUUGGGGUCAGCAAUAUCUUUGGAGCUUCGUUCAAGUCUUUUGCAGCAAGUACAGCUCUUUCCAGGAGUGCAGUGCAGGAAAGCACAGGGGGGAAAACCCAGGUGGCUGGUUUGCUUUCAGCGGUCCUAGUGAUGAUCGUUACCUUGGCUAUUGGAUUCCUCUUAGAACCACUACCAAAGUCUGUGCUGGGUGCUGUGGUCAUUGUCAAUCUGAAAGGAAUGCUGUUGCAGAUCAGAGAUGUUCCAUCUCUCUGGAGAAGGGACAAGCCAGACACUGUGGUGUGGGUGGGCACCUGCAUUGCUGCCAUUUUUUUGGGGUUGGAUGUUGGAUUGGCUGUCGGCCUUGGUGUGGAGCUGCUCAGCGUCAUCCUCCGGGUGCAGUUCCCUCGCUGCAGUGUGUUGGCCAACAUCAAGGGUACUGAUAUCUACAGAGACAGAAAGGACCAUAUAAGGAUAUAUGAGCCAGAGGGAGUGAGGAUCUUCAAAAUAUCGUCGCCCAUCUUUUUCGCCAACAUAGAGUUCUUCCGGGACAAACUGAUAGAAGCUCUUGGGUUUAAUCCAUUGCGAGUGUUAAAAAAGAGGAAUAAAGCACUGAGGAUUAUCAAGAAACUUCUGAAGAAAGGUGACCUGCAGUGGACAUCAGAAGGUUUCCUGAAUACCUCAUUUGGAGCCCAAAAAGAAUCAGAAGAUGAGAGCAACAUGGAGGAGCUGGACCAACCCAUUGACUUUAAGGAUCUUCCUACCCGGAUUGAUUGGAAUGCCAGGCUUCCUGCCAAUAUCAUUGUUCCCACAGUGGAGAUCCACAGCCUGGUCCUGGACUUUGCUGCCGUUUCAUUCUUGGACAUGUCUGCCCUGAAGGGGCUCAAAACAUUGCUGAGAGAGCUUAUCCGUGUGGAAGUUGACGUCUACGUUGUUGCAUGUGAUUCUUAUAUCUUGGAGAAACUCCAUGACUGUUGUUUCUUUGAUGAUGAGGUUCUGCCAACCAUGUUCUUUCUUACACUCCAUGAUGCCAUGCUUCACAUUUUAGAGAAAUGUCCAGAGCCUGCAGAAAAGAAAUCCAUCUAUGAAAAGAUAGAUACAACAGUCACAGUUCAUAAGCCCACUACGAGUUUGAGGAUCAGAGAUAAAAAUGCUCCUGACCGGGAGACCAGGUUUUAACCUGUUCAGAACGGGAACGUGAAGACUGCUGGGUGAAAACAACAAAGAGAAAAAGACAAUUUAAUAAUUUUAUUGAUUAUGUUGCACAAUGACUCCCACAAUGAAUAAUUAGAUACCUUCUAAGUUUAUUUACUGUACUAUAAGAAGAAUAACUCUAGCUAUUGUUUUUUACACUGUACGUUGUGAAUUUGUAGGCGUUUGUUUGUGCAAUGUAUUUUACAUGUUCUACAUUUUCAUAGCAAGGAAAUAAAAAUAUUUUGACAGUGUUGUCAAUGUACUGUUUUGUUUUGAUGAAAACAAUGUGCAAAAGACUUAAUAUUCAGUAAGGAAUGUUGAAAUUAAGGUUUU